AUGAGGAAGUCGUCUCUCUCAAAUCUGGUGUCGGAAGGAGGCGAUGCCCAAUCCAAUCAAGAAGCAGCCACUCCUUCGGUCGGUGAAGAAAUCGACUUGCUGGACGUUGUGGCUGAUAGGAUUGAAAGUUACAGAAACGAGGAAAGGACAUUGGAUAUCUUAACGAAUGAUCAAGAGAACACAUCGACUACUAAAGCUGAUGACAUGACAGAACAGAUGAUACAAGGAGGAAAAGGCCAGCAGCAAAAGGAAUUGCGUUCUGCCAAUCUUAACACAAGGAGCCAACCAUCACGAAGCGAGGUCACAGAGGACAACAUAGGAGCCCCCCGUCAAACAACCUGUCAAAGUAAUCAAGAGCUUUCAGCACCAGGAGCCUAUGCCUUGGCACCAACACCGUCUGACAACAAUGAUGCCGAGAUAAUUAUUGAAGAAACCAGGCAUUACAUUGAACCAACCCCACCCGAACAGGACAGCUCUGGUUUGGCAGUUGCCAAAGAGGUGCCGGACGAUCUAGAAGAUCCAAGAAACUUGCCACAAGCAGAAGAGUUCAAUGAGAAUAGAGAGUCUCAGAAAACCCAAGAGACAAAUAAGCUGAUUGCAUUGGUUCUUGGCUACGGCAUCUGUCUUGUUAUUCUCAUUGUGCUGCUUGUGGUCCUGUUGUGGAAAAGAGGUGAUGGAACUGAACCUACGCUGGCCAUGGAACGUGUCGAAUCCAACAAAGAAGAUGGCCUUAUGGAUUAUGCCAUGGUCCCUAGUGCAUCUCCUGUCUUUGAACGGCUCCUGAGCUACUUCCCAAACUAUACUAUCCAGGCAUUGGAGGUCCCAGGGUCUCCACAAUCCAAAGCAUUGGAAUGGCUACUGGAUGAUCCAGAUCUAAUGGAAUAUGUAGAUUUGGAAUGGAGGGUGAAGCAGCGGUUUGCCCUGGUGGCCCUGUUUUACUCUACCAAUGGCUUCAACUGGACCCACUCUGAUAGCUGGCUGAGUUAUAGCCACCAUGAGUGUUUCUGA